AUGACAACGACAGAAACUACCAUUACUCAGGCAACCCUUGAGAAGGGUAACUCAACCAAGGUUGAUGCACUGUUUCGGAAGUUCCCUGGCCAUGUACACGAGCCGGGCGGCGAUGUGUACAAGUCGGAGACUGAAGCAAUGUGGUCGCAAGCUGCGUGGCUCAAACCUGCAGCUGUAUUCGUCCCUUCCUCGCCACAGCUACUCGCAGAUGCCGUGCCAAUGAUGGCCCAGCUGAACAUGCCAUUCUCGAUACGAAGCGGAGGGCACAUGCCGGUUCCCGGCCACGCGUCGAUAGAGGGUGAAGGAAUUCUUAUCGGUACUACGAAACUCACAGGGCUACAACUUGUGCAUCUACCGAACGAGUUCGAUGUUCCAUAUUUGGCCGUUGGAGCAGGGCACACCUGGAAAGAUAUCUAUGGUUACUUGGCGCCACAUAAACUGAUUGUAGUGGGUGGCCGUGUGCUCGGAGUUGGAAGCUCAUUGCUUCUCGGCGGUGGCAUAUCCUUCUUUAGCGGAAGAUAUGGUUUCGCUGCAAACAACGUGGUCAACUUCGAAGUGCUUCUAGCAAGCGGCGAGAUCGUGAGUGCCAACCACCAGUCGAACCCGGAUUUAUUCUGGGCACUCAAAGGAGGUUCGAACAACUUCGGAAUUGUACUCCGGUACGAUAUCAAAGUGUAUCCGGAAGAGGAUCUCUGGGGAGGUGCCGUCGCAUGGGGUUUUGAGCACACGCAGGCCGUGCUUGAUGCCCAGACAGAUCUGAUGUCUCGGAAAAGUGGUUCUAACGACGACCCGAUAGCAGCGAUCAUGUCGAACAUGGAAAUUGAUGCUUCAGGGACGCUGACCACCGGCGCAAUGCUUGUCUCUUCUGGGCAUGACACAAGCGCCAUGGAACGUUUCACGAAGAUACCAGCGGUGUUCAGUACGCUUUCUCAUCAGACAUUCCAUGAUCUAGUUGCUCCAACUGGUAUAUACAGCGCUCGAGAUAAGAGGACACUUUUCCGGAGUACCUCAUUACAGAUUAGCAACCGCACCAUGGGACUCGUUCAUGAAUGUCUGGUCGCUACUACUAAGGAGAACCUUGCUGCGGUUCAGUGCUCUGUCGGGACCGGGGUGCAGCCUAUCACAAAGAGCCUACUCGAGGCAUCUAAAGCGUCUGGUGGCGACGCUUUGGCCCUCGACCCUGAGAGAGGCGCUUUCUGUGUAAUUCUCAUCUACGCCUACUGGGAUCGGUCGGAAGAUGACUCAAGACUGGAUGAGUGGGCGCGAGAGCUCGUGAGGACUAUAGACGAGAGUUCCUUGGCCGAAAAUCUACAUUACCCUUUCAAGUUCCUCAACGAUGCUGGAGUUGAUCAAGCGCCUUUUGAGACAUAUGGAUAUGGGAAGAGUAUGCCACGAUUAAGGGAGAUAAGCAAAAGAUACGACCCUGAUCAGGUAUUUCAGCGUCUGGUACCUGGGUUCAAAUUAUACUAG